AUGGCAACGAGAAUGCGAUUGAAUUCAUCCGCACUGCGGGGACUUCGUCGGCCGGCCUCUUGUCGGUCUUCCAUUCCUGGUCGACAACAACGAUUCAAUUCUACGAAUACAACAUCGCUGAAUCAAGCCGCAUUCUGGACAACGAACAAGGUUCUACUGCUCAGCGCAUUUACUGGAGCACUAGCCUACACAUACGGAAUCUGGGAUGCCGGAGCAAGUUACAAGGAAGAUGGGGUAAAUGCUCCUCAAGUGCCAGUAUAUGCUAAAAAGGCCGAGUGGGAAAAGGCUAUCGAAGAGGUAAAGGCAAAACUUGGCGAAGAUGCUAUAACCACAGACGAUGACGAGUUGCACCGACACGGAUACUCAGAAUGGUCUACCAUCAAUGUCGAUGUACUGCCUAUUGCUGUGGUGUAUCCUAAAUCUACGGAAGAAGUAUCGGAAAUUGCAAAGGUCUGCUAUGAGCAUAAGAUUCCGAUUGUCCCUUAUUCUGGAGGCUCAAGUCUGGAAGGCAACUUCUCUGCUCCAUAUGGCGGUUUCUGCAUCGACUUUGCCUUCAUGGACAAGAUUCUUGCUUUACAUGAUAAUGAUCUGGACGUAGUGGUCCAACCCUCGAUAGGCUGGAUGAAACUGAACGAGGAUAUCAAAGACAGUGGUCUCUUCUUCCCGGUAGACCCGGGACCAUCAGCUAUGAUAGGAGGUAUGACAGGAACAAACUGCUCUGGGACCAACGCAGUCCGUUACGGCACAAUGAAAGACAACGUCAUAAACCUCACAGUCGUCCUCGCCGACGGCACAAUCAUCAAGACCAAGCGCAGACCACGAAAGUCUUCUGCCGGCUACAACCUCACCGGCAUGUUCAUCGGCUCCGAAGGCACUCUGGGUAUUGUCACAGAAAUUACACUCAAACUCCAAGUCAUCCCUCAGGAGACCAGCGUGGCAGUCGUAACCUUCCCUACCAUCCGCGAUGCCGCAAGCGCAGCCUCCCGCAUCAUCAAAGCCGGUGUCCCCAUCGGCGCCAUGGAAAUCAUGGAUGACGUGCAAAUGAGCGUCGUCAACAAGUCCAAGUCCACAAAAAAAGUGUGGCGCGAAGUCCCCACCAUGUUCUUCAAAUUCUCCGGCACAAAAGCAGGAGUCAGAGAGAAUGUCGAUUUGGUAAAGCAGCUCUCCAAACAGUGUAAAUCUAUUGAUUUUGAGUUUACUGCCGAUGCAGAGGAGCAGAAGCAACUCUGGUCUGCGAGAAAGGAAUCUUUGUGGUCCAUGUUGGCUAUGAGGAAAGGUGAUGAGGAGGUUUGGUCUACUGAUGUUGCUGUUCCACUCUCGAGACUUCCCGAUAUUAUCGAGGUUUCCAAGCGCGAGCUGGAUGAAUUGGGCAUCUUUGCUUCUGCUCUGGGACAUGUUGGCGAUGGCAAUUUCCACGAGUGUAUCAUGUACAAUGCUCAGGAUCCGGAAGAAAAGAAAAAGGUCGAGGCGUGUGUGACUAGAAUGGUGGAAAGAGCUCUGGAGAUGGAGGGCACGUGUACUGGCGAGCAUGGAAUCGGCUUGGGUAAAAAGGGUUCAUUGGUCAAGGAGUUGGGGCUUGAUACCAUCGGUGUGAUGCAGAAGGUCAAGCUAGCCUUGGAUCCUAAUUGGCUUAUGAACCCUGGCAAAGUCUUUGAUCAUCCGGCAGAGACCAAGCCAAAGGGUCACUAG